AUGGACGAUAUUGAAUUGAUCACGAAGUUUUCGGAAAAACUUGGGAAAUUGCUCGAUGAUGACGUGAAUGAUUAUAAUGUGAAAUUAAUUAUAGGACAAGAACCUAAUAAAAGAUUGUUUAAAGCGCAUUUAUACAUUUUACGUGUCAUAUGUCCUUAUUUUCAUACCGCUUUUAAAAGAGGUUGGUGUAAAAAAGAUGAUGAUGGAUCAUUCUUUAUUGAGAAACCGAAUAUUAAACCUGAGGAUAUUUAUGAGCAAACGUUAUGGUAUUAUAUUAAUCCGACCCUUUCACGGAAGCAACUUGCUCCUAUUAGAACCGGACUGUUUGAUUCUGCUUUAUUAAAGUUAAAACAUUUUUCACUAAUUUGUAAUUGGAUUAAUAAAUCAUCGGAACUUUAUAGUUAUCCAACUUUAAGAUUUGAAUUAAAAAUUAGAGGCACGUUAGAUGGUUUUACCGCCGAUAUAUUUCAUAAUAAAUUCGAACGUUUAGAAAAUACCAUAGUCGUCAUGAGAAUUAAAGAUACCGGUGAAUUGAUUGGUGGAUAUAAUCCUUGGAGUUUUGAACAUGAUAGGUGGAGGGACUCGAGUGAUUUUUGGAGAUAUGAACAAUCUUCUUUUAUAUUUUCUUUCCCACGUGAAUCGAUUUCUUUGACAAAUAAGAAUAACCUCUCUUGGAUGAAACAUAAUAAAAUAAAUUUUAAGAUGGAAUUAAAAAAUUUAGAAUCCAAAUCGAAAUUGAGUAGAAUUGAUCCGAAUCAUACUUCUAAAGCUUUUUGUAUCUCUCGAGAUACCGGUCCUCAAUUUGGUAAAACGGAUUUAUUUAUGGGUAAAAUUUUUAAUUCACCUUUGAAUUGUUCAUGUAUUCAACAGUAUUACAUGGAUAAAAUUAGAGAUGAUGAAAGUGGUUUUUGUGUUGACGAAUAUGAAAUAUUUCAAAUCUUCAAAAAGUGA